AUGUCUGCACUUAAACAACAGGUGAGGUUUAUGGCCUCGUUGAUCAGAGACAAACUGCCCACUCCAAAGCCCAAGAGCGCUGUCAGGGCCGACAUAUCCAAGAAAAUCUACUUAAACUCCAAAGAGGCAAUAGAGAACGAAAAACCUCACUUCCGUGUUGGUGGACGCAAUCUUUUUUUCCCCAGCGCGCGCGUUGUGUUGCUGCGGAAUAACGCCAGACUGACACCAUACCAGGCCAAAUUCAUCGUCCCAAAGUCCUUCAACAAACUGGAUCUCAGAGACUAUCUCUUCCACAUCUACGGCCUCAGGGCUCUGAACAUAACCACGCAGAUCCAGCCGCAAACAAUGACAAGAGCCUUGCCGCUGCCAUAUUCGACCCGUCGUCGUAGUCCCCUGGUGAAGAAGAUGACCAUUGAUAUGGAGCAGCCCUUUGUAUGGCCCGAGGAAACAGCAUUUUUCCAAAGACAGGAGAAGAUGGCCAAGGAAAUGCAACAGUAUGCAGACGAAUCCAACAGAUUGAGGUCAGAUGCCGCGAAACCUUCCAAGGCAUUCGAAGGUGUGGUAUCUCCAAACCCUACACCUACCAACUUCGUGCCUAAGAGAGUGCAGAGGCAGAUGAAGAAUAAACUGGCGGCAGCUUUGGACGGUUACAAGCGGAAGCAGUUAGAGGAGUUGCUGGUGAAGAAUGUGCAACUUUAG